GAGCAUUGAAUUUGCAAAUUGGUUUGUUGGAUUGCAGAGUGAUGAGUGGCGUUCGGAAGAGAUCUCACGAAGAGGAUGGUGUGACUCAUACAUCUUCUUCAUCAUCAGCCAAAUACCCCCACGAGGAUUCUGGAUCUUCUUCUUACCCUAAAUCCACUCAUCCCCCUCCUGUUACUACUCAUCCACCACCGGCUCAGGUUCACCACCACCACCAUCAACAACAACAACCUCAAUCUCAUCCUCACCUUCACACGGUUCGUCACCACCCACCACUUGCUGCUGCUGUUUCUGAAUCAAGAACCGUCAAGGGUCCGAUAAGUGAGCCUAGAGAUGGAGGAGAGAGACGCUCUCCUCUUCACGGCGUGUAUUGGUCUCCGUCCCUCCCAGCGACGGGUUCUUCUGAGAGCAGAGAUAACAGGAGUGAUGGGAGAGAGAUACAUGGUGAGGCCAAGAGGGAGAUUCAUGGUCCAAAGGGCGAGAGGGAUGCUAAGUUCGAGAGAUCAGGGGAUGACAGCGGAAAAGGUAAUACCGGAGGCUAUUCUAGGAAUGAUGGGAGAGGGAUAUACGGUGAGACGAAGAGGGAGAUUCAAGGUCCUAAGCCUGAGCGUGUAGGGGAUGAUUUUAAGAUGGAAAAGGAAGGGCAUGCUCACUUGCCUUGGAAGGAGCAGAAGGAUUGCCAUAGAGGGAAGAGAGUUGAAAGCUCAAGCGCCAAUGUGGAACCGUGGGUUGUAUCACGUGUCAAUCCUCAAGGAUCAACGGAGGUUGGGGCAAAAUAUCUCUCAGCGCCUGUGGAGGGAGGAGCACAUUUACAAGUUAUGUACCCAUGGAUGUGCAAACCUUCUUUGUAUGAAAGGUUUGACAAACGGCAAGUAUGUGUUGAGAUGAUUUGCCCCUGUGCUCUUGUGGGAAAUGUAGAUCUCCUUGAGAAGCUCAAGAAGAAGAACAGAGAAGCGGAUCUCAGAGUCUAUGAGCAUAGAGGGUUUUCUAGCAUUUUCAUUUCAGCUGUGGAGCAAUUUUCUCAAACAUACGCACCAACAUUCUACGCUGCUCUGGAUCUUCUCCCUCUUUGCUCUACAUAUGAUCAAGCAGGAUCCAGGAGUGUUACCUUUGUUAUCACUGCAAGACAACAGAAACUCAUCUCAGCAGGUCUUAUUGAUUUCUGGACGAAAACUUACUCAUGCUCCGUUCACUGUUUGGAGAGAAGAAAAGGGGUGUAUCAUCUUGCGUUUACUGGCACAGAGGAAGGAAGUAGAACGCUGUUUUGCAGGAUUUUCUUUCUCUUCAGAAAAGAUGUAUUUUGGAGAGGUCACUCCCACGCUGUGGACUUUAGAACCAUUGAAGUUGAACAAAGCUACAUUGGACCAAGGAUGAAUGGGGAUACAAUUAAUCUUGAUUUUGUUAAAGCAUUGAUUGAAGGAUUCAAGAAGCAGCUACCUUUACAUAUAAGGUACGUAAAUCAGAUUCUCUUGCAAACCACUCACAUUCUGGAGUCUCUGCCGACGCUUGUAGAUAUUCACGUAGACGAUGGGCAGUGUGUUAUAGUGUGCGGAGAUAUCCACGGGCAGUUCUACGACCUGUGUAAUAUUUUUGAUAAAGAAGGUUUUCCCUGUCAAGAGAAACAGUUCCUGUUCAAUGGCGAUUUUGUUGACAGGGGUUCCUUUUCAGUAGAAACCAUUCUCACCCUGUUUGCACUCAAGUGCGCAUGUCCUUUAUGGAUACACCUCGCGAGAGGUAACCAUGAAAGUAGGAGUUUAAACGAGGUUCAUGGGUUUGAGAAGGAGGUGCUGGCAAAGCUAAAUGAGACCGUGAUGGAUAUGUUUAGUGAUACAUUCUGCUGUCUUCCUCUAGCGCACGUUCUCAACAGAAAAAUCAUUGUUCUUCAUGGCGGGCUCUUUAGCCGAGAUGGGGUCACACUCAGUGAUAUCAAGUCAAUUCACCGAUUUUGCCAGCCUCCUAAAAGAGGACUUAUGAGAGACUUAUUGUGGAGUGAUCCACAAGAUUCCCCUGGAAGAAGCAGGAGCACCAGAGGAGAAGGCAUUAUUUUUUUUGGUGAAGAUGUCACAGAGUCAUUUUUGAGAGACAACAAUCUAGAUCUUUUGGUCAGAUCACACGAGCUUAAGGAUAAAGGAUAUGAGAUUAGCCAUAAUGGUAAACUCAUCACUGUGUUCUCAGCACCUAACUACUGCGACAGGGAGAAUAACAAAGGAGCCUUCAUCGUUUUCAAAGCUCCACAAAUGGAGCCAGAUAUUCAGACGUUCUCAGCUGUGGGACACCCGUACCGGAUGUGGAGCCAAUGGCCUAUUGCAGACUGAGAGAGAUUUUCUUUUUGGUAUCUGCUGGUUUGGAUCGAAGAUUAGUUAGCAGUUGCUGUCAAUGACAACUCAUAGACCUUCCCUCAUAGCUGGAACGUUCUUAUUGUUGUUGUUUUUCUCUUGAUUGGGUUUUGUUUCUACACCUUGUUGCUUUGGCCAUUGUUCC